AUGCAAAAACAACUGAACCUUGGCCAACUAAAAUUAAAGCAGGAUGUGCCAACGCGGUGGAAUUCCACUUAUGACAUGCUCCAGCGGCUGUUAUCAGCCAAGGAUGCCGUAAUCGUUACAAUAGCUAUAAUGCGACAGGAGCUGGCGCUAAAUAACGACGAUUGGGAAGUUAUAGAAAGCGUAGCGACAAUUUUAAAACUUUUUUACGACAUAACCGUCGAAAUUAGUGCCGAGAAGAAUGUUUCGCUGGCUAAAGUCAUCCCCCUGUGUGGCAUCAUGAAUAAUCAUGUCAAAGCGCACUUAAAUAAUACCAUGCUUCCAACGCGAGUGCAGUUAAUGCUGAAUACACUCGACAAGCAGUUAGAAAAGCGUUUCUCCAACAUUGAGAAACACAUAUUGUAUAGCGAGGCGACGAUACUGGAUCCACGAUUCAAAAAUAAAGGAUUCAGACAUAUAAAUAAUUUCGACCAGGCUGUGGCUACAUUGAAGAGGAAAGUCUGUACAGUGCAGCAAAGGCAAACUACAACGACAUUGCCUUCAACAUCAGACCCAUCCACAUCCACGUCAGUGUCUGCCAUGACGUCCAUAUGGGACCAAUUUGACAAAGAAGUGGCAAAGUUGACACCUACAAAUCCUUUGGCCGCUGGCAUUGUGGAGAUAGAUAAAUAUCUCCAGGAACCACUUUUACAACGGUGCAAUGAUCCUCUGCGCUUAUGGCACGAGCGCCGGUCGUUCUACCCAAUCCUCUUUAAAUACGCCCUAAAAAGACUGCACCUUUAUUUGUAA